GUCCCAGCCUGCUCCGCGGCCACGCAUGCUUCCUGACCGCCUCCCUGGGGCGCUUUCCAGCCCGCUGCCUCCGGGCUUCCCAGCCCGCUCCGGCCGGGAUCGGGCUGGCCGAGCCCCAUGGGGUGAAGGGCGGAUGGCGGCGGCCGCGCUCCAGGAUGGAACAAGUGGUGUUUGGUAUUUCCUGCACUGGACUGGGCAGGCUGGAUUCAGAAAGCACAGAGGCUCAACACUGAGACAUAGACCAUAGAUAUUGUCUACUGAAGUAAGGCACGUGCAGUGGAAAAAAAAAUGUUCUUCUAGUCCCGGGGGAAGUUUGAUUCUGAUUACUGGUGAGCUUUUUAAAGUUUCCUUUCUGAUCUCUGACAUUUGCAGAAGAACUGACGAUACAAAGGACAAUGCACAGUGUGUGUCCUGAUGACAUUUUGUGUGCUGCGACAUGGUUCUUGUCAUGGCAUCUGAGACUGAAAAGGCCCACGCUCUUCUCCAGACUUUCAGCACAGCGUCAGUUCUUUCCAGUCUAGGUUUGGGGAUAUUCUGCUUUGUAGCAGACAGACUCCUGCAGUUUUCCUUCAUUCAGCAAAAUGACUGGCUCCGAGCCUUAUCUGAUAAUGCAGUGCAUGGUAUACUGGGGAUGUGGUCCUGGGCAAUAGUGGUUGGACUCAGGAAGAAAAGUGACUUCACUGAGGUCACCCUGGCUGGCUUCCUUGCCUCUGUCAUUGAUGUGGACCACUUCUUUCUUGCUGGAUCUCUGUCAUUAAAGGCUGCUCUGACUCUUCCACGGAGACCACUUCUUCAUUGUUCUACUGUGAUUCCUGUGGUGGCUCUGACAUUAAAGUUUAUCAUGCAGCUUUUCAGGCUUAAAGACUCAUGGUGCUUUCUUCCCUGGAUGUUGUUCAUAUCCUGGACUUCUCAUCAUGUCCGUGACGGGAUUCGUCAUGGCCUCUGGAUCUGCCCGUUUGGAAAAACUCCUCCCUUGCCGUAUUGGCUGUAUGUGGCAAUUACAGCAUCUUUACCUCAUCUCUGUUCAUUUAUUAUGUAUUUAACGGGCACUAGAGAAUUAAUGUCCAUAAAACAUGGAAUCCGCAUUGACGUAUAGGAAUAAUGGCUUUUAAAGGUGGUUUGUGCAAGCGCUUGAAAUAACCUGCCUGUCUGUCACUGAAGGGUUUCCUUGUGUUUCCUACACCUUCUGAAUUGGGCAUUUUAAGGUUGUGGAACCAAUUACAGCUCUUGUGUCAGUUCCUUGUGGUCACAGAACCUAUUUAAUGACUGAUAAUAAUUUUAUAUCUGUUCAUUUCCCUUGUACAAUGUGUGGGUCUUCCAUGAUAGUUCAUGCAUAGCAAGCUGAUUAUAAAGUACUUAGUUUCUCUCUGUAGUAAUUACAUUACAUUUUACUGUUAUGAUGCCAUUCAUUUGAUCACCAUUCAUUUUGGAUUUGUAUUCUGCCUCUGGAGAAUACAUUUCAUCCAGAUAGUAUUUGUAUAGCACUUUAAAAAUGUGAAGUUCUAUAUAAAUGCUAGGUAUUAUUGAGGAUUUAAUAGUGUAUGGCAAUUCUAAAAAAAUCCCUGUUAGUCUUUCUAAUUUAUUAAUAUGUUAAGAGUCCUGCUGGAUUUUUGCAUUCAACCAUUUUAAAAGAAACACCACCUCUAUUUCUCACUGUCUAUCCACACCUCUUUCAACCUGUAAUCACAGGGUGUUUUACUAAAUUCUGCAUCUCCCUGUAGUUGUUUGGUACUAAAUUUAUUAAAUAAAUAAUUACUAGCCUCAAAAUUAGAAAGGAGUAGACAGAUUGGUAGUGGUAUUAUGGUGUGUUGGCCAAUUUGUUUAAUUUUUAAAAAUACACUAAUUAUUAAUACCGUUUGAUUUGAAACCAGGGAAUUUUAGUAAAUAUUUAAGAAUUGUGUGAAGAUUCAGGGAGACACAAGAAAAUAAAAAUUGCUUGUAACACAGGUUUGCUUAAAGACAUUACUACUCAUUAAAGCAUUUUCCAUUAAGUGCAAUAUAAUCCUCAUAAGUGUAAAAUAAAAUGCAUUAUUAUUAUUACUGUUAUUAUUAUUAUACUACAGAAAUACAAAUUUCCUCAUAAAGAAGAUCCAUAAAGAAAAGUGUUAUUAUGCUGCAGUUUAUGAGGUAGUAAUUUGCACUAUGGACUAUUCAGUUUUCAUUUAUAGACAUCUCUCAGAAAGAGUCUCAAAUUAAAAGUUGUCUGGUCUUGUCUAACUAGACAAGACUGUCUAGACUUGUGUAGUUUAUGAUGUACAAGCUGAGAAUGUCUACUAAUAAUUUUUAAAUUUUUUAUUCACUGCCCAUUAAAGAGAUGGGGCCUUAACUACUCCAGCUUGUGAUGAAUAGCUGUCAAAGGGGAUCAUUUUUAUGGAACUGCAUGUAUAAGGUAGCAUGUGUUUAACUUAGGUUACCAAGGGGUGUAAAGGUUUACGUGAUGUGUACAUUUACAUUAUUAAAUGUAUAUUAGAAUAAAGUUUAAAAAAAAUUAUUGAAUGGGAUGCCUGUCAUAAUGCGUACCAGAAGCUUUUUCUGUGGCUGCAGAAUCCGUAAGGCCGUAAGGCUCUUUGCAGCACUCUAUGCUAAUCAUGGAAAGUGUUGCGCUUCUUUAAAAUGUGUCUUUGCACCAAAAGAAUAGUCCCUGUCCUGUCUGUUUGUCAUGUUAGAAAUGUAUGCCAAUGCAAACUUGCCUGAUAGUACAGUGGGCCUGUCUAGCCUUUAUUAUAAAAUGAAUAAAAGGUUUCUUUGUUGGAAAGAAGAUUGGAAGAGCAAAAUAUUCCUUAGAGGGUUAUCUUAUGCAGUGGAUUUCUGUCCUUUAGAGUUUUCCAGAAACAGCAUAAGAAGUGUCGACAGAGUUUUCCAGAAACAGCAUAAGAAGUGUCUUGCUUUAGAGCUUCAGAUCAAAAUUGGUUUUCAUCCAAAAGGCAUGAUGGUUUACUAGAGGAGCAUUGCUCAUUCAUUUACUUCUGUCCUGUAUUUUAAAUAAGUACAGGCUAUGAAAUGCCAAUAAUGAAUAAAUUUUGUGCAAGGGGUGAACACUGAAACCUGUGUAGAAAAUUUUCUGUAUUCUUGUUUCAUGAUAUAAAGUUUGUAUAAUUUUGUGCUUUAUCCAGAUUUUUUGCAAAGGGAAAUGUACAUAGGAGCAAGGUGUAGAAUUACACUUUCUCACUUUCAGACUGUAGCCAUAGUGUUUCUGGUAACUGUAUGUCUACCCACAGUCCUUAAGAUCAGCACUGUAGUGUUCUAGCUACGUUUAAGGACCUGUUAAUGGGUACAUAUUCAGUAGUUUAAAAGUACAUAUUUUAAUUCUCUUUAUGUCUAGAUAUUUCUGUGUGAGCUUUAACAAUAACUUUGAGCUGUAUUUUGAGACACCAUUGUUUUCUGGCCAUGUUCUUAUACCAGUUCUACCACAGGUGAACCCCACACAGACACAUCUUAAGGAAAGUAGCAAGUACUUUGUACAGUGACUUCUCUCCCUCCAGACAGACAUGGCAGUCUCACACCUCAGCCUGAUAUUUGGGCAGCUUUCACUGAGACCAUCAAUCUGACACAUGGCAUGUACUGCUGUAAUUUGUGGGUAGCCAGGGUAGGGUGCAAGGGGGAAGUCAGGUGUUUGUUUCAGCCUGUGUGUCGUGGGCAGAGUGGAAGCUACAGAGAUUAUAGAGAAGCCCCCCUUUUGAGUCACGAGGCACAGACAGGACACUCUUGCUUUCUGAACUCCUCUUAGAGGCUUCUGGGUGCAACUGGAUCCAGCCUUAGCCCCGGACCCUCUCAGUGGUUUAUGUUAAUGGAUUAAUUAGGCAUUGUUGUACCUUUCACGGCUUUGUCCCAUAGGAUUAAGGAUGACAAACCAGAGGAACUUAUAUAAAAAUAAAUUAGGGUGAUUAUUAGGGUUAUAACUUACUAUGAUAAUGAUGAGACUAAAAGGUCUUAAUCAGAAUUAUUUACUGCAUUAUUCCAGGUAACAGAAUAAUUAAUUACUGCAUUAUUCAGGUAACAAUUUACUACACAGAAUAGAUAGCUAUAACUGCUAGUCUAGUUACUUCACUAUUUUUGAAGCAUUAUUGAAGCAAUCAUAUCAACGGUAGCAAAAGAAAUUGUGAAGUAGAGAUUGAUUUUACUCACCCAUACUGAUGACUGUGGGCAAAUCUCUUUCUCUCAGCUUUGAGGGGUAACCUUGAGGCAAAUCCCAACUCAAGGAAGGAAUCUCCAGAAAGGGGAUUGUUGGAAGACUCUUCCCACUCAUUAAAAAGUGGGAGUGGGCCCUGUGUUUCCAGGCCAGUGGUGUCAGCUCAGCAUCUUCAGAUAAGUUAGUAGUAGUAGUACCAGUUGUUUGUUGCUUUUUCUGGUACUUUAUCAGAUCUGCCACAGGUUCACCUUUCUAUCAGGAGUGUUUAACUCUAGGAUUGAUGAGUCAGGCUGGUUUCAGCAUCUUCAGCACUAAAAGCACCAGGACAAUCCCCUCCUCCAUUCACCACUGACAGCUUUGCAAACAGGGAAUUAUUCCAGCUGUUUUACUGCCAUCCAGGCAGAGCAUCCUGGUACACCUCCUCACCCAAGACCUGCCUGCCACAGGCGAAUUGCCCAAUAAUUCCUUACUAGGAUUUCAUGUGCAUUGUAAAUUCACUGAUGUUUCUAACUAUGCAUUGAUAACAUGUCUAGCAAAACCAUAAAAAAAUAAACCAAGAUACUAAAAAUAUAAUGACUUUGUGCUUUACUGCAUGCAUUACUAUAACAGGUAAAUGUAACAUAGAAAAAGCAUGUGAAUUGCACAAAAUGUGGCUUGCAGAGCCAAGCUAAUGAUGUUUUGUACAAUACAUAUCACUGAAAUACUAGGUUUUUCAGUGAUUCUUUUAAUAUGCCAAUCUAAAAAUUAAAUUUUCCAUGUAUUUUCAAGUUGAGCUUAAAAAAUUGAACAAAGUGCUGUGGUUUUGUGACUUACUUUGUUAGAACUGUGCUAUUUUUUUUUUUCUUGCUUUGAUGGAUUUCUGCUAAAAAUGUAUGCACUGUAAAACUAAGUACUAUUAGCCCAAGUUAAAGAAAAAUGUUUUUUCCCUCAGUCCUGGAGAAAUAAGAUAAAAUUUCUCCUAAUUGCCUAGUGGCCUUAACAGAAUGCGUGAACAUGUUUCAUAUAACUUGAUAUUCUACUUUAAAAUCUAAUCUGUAUCUCACCUGACUGUUGGCAUCACAUUUUACUACAGUGCAGUAUAUAUUAUAUCAUGUGCCUUUAAUAAGGUACUGUUAAGUGAAUUAUUCAUAAUUGAUCCCAUGUCCCAAGGAAAAUGAUGUGAAGUUUGAAUUAAACCGAAGUAAUUCUUACAGCACGCUACUGAUACUGAAUUAUUAUGAGAAGAACAUUUCCUCUGCUAGUGGAAAUGAAGUUCCAGAGAGAGAAGGGGUUAAAAUUCAGUCUGAAGGAAAUGUUAGUACACAGUUAAUUUUGGACACAUACGCUUUUAUUCCAUCACUGUCAGUAUGAAGCUAGGUGAUGAAAUGCAUCAGAAGAGUACAUGUCUGUUUGUAUAACUGAGCCAAUCUGAAUUCUGCCAAUUAUGCAAAUUUAUUCAGGGCAGAAGAAACUUUGUAUUCUAAGUGUUACUUUGUGAGCUUUGAUCAGUUGGUAAUUUUGAGCCCACAAACUAGGUUUUUUUUCCCUGCUACAGGCGGACCUUGCUUUGAAGCAAAGGAAGAGCAGUCAACUUGAAGUACCCUUUGUGUUCAUCACAAAAAACCUUUUUCUUUUUCCUAAUGCUUUUCCUCAAAAUUAUAAGCUGGUACCUUCAGUUUUCUUAAAAUUUCCCAAAUUUUACACCCUCUGCAUUGAAUUUUUGAAUUUAUAUUUUCAAAUUGUAUAUUCAAAUGCUGCAUUGUAGAACUGUUGCCUGUUAUUUAAACCUAUUAUUUAAAACUGUUUCCUAUUAAUUAAAGUUAAACAGUACUUCUAAUUUUUUAUAUAUACAUACCUAUCUUUAUAUAUAUGUUUAUGUAUAUAUAUAUGUAUCACACACUGGUACUC